GAACAGCUGUUAUGCGGUCAUACCUAUGUAAUACAAAUGUUGUUGAUUGACAGUAAAUAAUAAUAAAAUAGAAUAAAUAGAAUAUACUAAUAUGAAAACUGUCUUCUGUACUCUCGUAAGAUUUAAUAGAGUUAUCAAAAAUGUAUGUAGGAAGAAUUACACAUUGCAGUACAGAAAUAACUUAACAAAAUUUGAAAAAAGUGUACGAUACUUCUGUAAUAAAGUAAACAUAACAAAAGAGGAAACAUGUAACGUAGGCACAAUAGGGCAUGUAGAUCAUGGUAAAACAACAUUAACAGCAGCGAUAACAAAGUAUGUAUCGGAAACAAAUAAAAGGUACAAAUAUGUCACGUUUGAUGAAAUUGACAAAGCACCCGAGGAAAAAAAACGUGGUAUUACUAUAAACAUUGCUCAUGUUGGAUAUGCCACAAAUAAAAGGACUUACGCGCACACAGAUUGUCCUGGUCAUGCUGAUUUUCUAAAAAAUAUGAUUAGCGGAGCAUCACAAAUGGAUGGUGCAAUUUUAGUAGUGGCAGCAGACGAUGGUCCUAUGCCCCAAACAAGGGAACAUUUAUUACUAAUCAAACAAAUUGGAAUUAAACAUGUUGUUGUAUAUAUCAAUAAGGUCGAUUUAGCAGACUCAGAAAUUUCUGAAUUAGUGGAAUUAGAAGUAAGAGAGUUACUGGAAUUGUAUGGACUUAACGGUGUGCAAUCUCCAGUGAUUUGUGGUUCGGCUUUGCUCGCUUUGAACGGAGAUCAAUCUAACCUAGGGGUUCCUUCCAUAAAGCUCUUAUUGGACGCUUUAGACAAUUACAUACCGACUCCAGUAAGAAAUUACGAAGCCCCUUUUGUAUUGCCUAUCGAUAAUUUUUUCUCUGUACCAGGUAGAGGUACAGUUGUGGUAGGAACUUUAAAACAAGGGAUUAUAAAGAAAAAUAUGGAGGCAGAUUUAUUGGGUUUCAAUGCGAAGUUUCGUACCUUUUUCGCAGAUAUACAGAUUUUUCAGAAAAGUGUGUUAGAAGCACGCGCCGGUGAAAACGUAGGUAUUCUUUUAAGAGGUGUCAAACUGGAUUCUGUACGAAGAGGAAUGAUACUAUGUCAACACAAAUUUCUAGCAUUAAGUAACCAUUUUGAAGCGCAAUUGUAUUUGUUGGGUACAGAAGAAGGUGGUCGUCGGAAACCUAUACAGCAACACGGAUUUUGUUCGCAAAUUUAUUCUUCGACUUGGAAUGUAUACUGCCGUUUCGAUUUAUUAUUGAAAGAGGGAAAUACGAUGUUGAUGCCGGGAGAAUUUACAACAACUAGAUUAACGUUCGUGUUCAAUAUGCCGGUAAUAAAAGGACAAGUUUUCACUGUACGUGAAAAUAAUCAUACAAUUGCUACAGGACAGAUUACAAAAAUUUUGAAGGAGAUAAACGUUGAUGCAAAAAGAAUGGAUAAAGUAGAAAUCAAAGAUCUUAACGUAAAAUCUGUGUAAUAACCAUGUCCCGUUCCGUGUUAAUUCUGUAACACGCAAAAACCGCGGAACUGUAGACUCAAAACGCAUAAUUUAGCGUACGAACGAAGAUUUGGCGUUAUAUUAAGGAAAAUAAAUGACACGGAUAUGAAAAAA